CCCAUCAUCUCUGUCCCCCAGCGCAUUGCUGUGGCUGGUACCAUCGUCUCCCUCCCAUGUCACGUGGGGGGUUUCUACCCCAAGGAUGUGGAUGUCGCAUGGCUGCGAGAUGGGCGGGUCCUGAACAACACCACCCCUUCUGUCCCGCAAAGAAACCCCGAUGGGACCUUCAGCUUCACCCUGACCUACACUUUCACUUCUGCCAGGAGCGACGCUGGCAGCAUCUUCUCCUGCCGCGUCCAGCACCUGGCUCUGGAGCAGCCCCUGCGAGAGGAGUUCCCCUUGGAAGUUGCAGUGCAAGAGGCAGGCACAGAUCGCACUGGCACCAUCAUCGGAGUCUCCCUGGGGAUCGCGGUGGCAGUGGCAGCUGCUGCAAUGGCCAUUUACUGCUGGAGCAGGAAAGCCCCCUACUCGGUCUCCGAGGUGCAGGGGCCAGCGCAGUACGUGCUGGGGCAGGAGGUGACACUGCGCUGCGUCAUGGAGGGGACGUUUCCUGAGGACAUGGCUGUGACAUGGAAACUGCUGCACGGGGAGGUCGGGAUGGGGGUCGGGGAGGAUGGAGCUGGGGCUGGCCCAGAGCACCAGCCCCGGAAGGAUGCCGGUCUCCUGCGGCCCCCAGAGCUGUCACAAAUCUCCGUGCACCAUUCAUGGUGGACCUUUGGUGGGUGUAAAGUCACCAUGAGCUGCCUCAUCACGGGUUAUUUCCCGGGGGAGCUGAGCUUGACCUGGCUCAGGAGGGGUGUUAGAGGUGCUGGCGCCGUGGCCCUGCAGGACUCAUCUGAAUACAGCAUCGACCCUGGUGUAGCCGUUCUAGCACGGGACGGGAAGAGGUUCCAGCGGGAGACGAGACUCCACUUCACGUCCUCCCUACUCGGUGACGUGGGUGCAGAGUACAUCUGCCAGGUGGGACAUGUUGCCCUGGAGACCCCCAUCGAGAGUCGUUGCACGUGCAGUCUGACAGGCGGCUACCAAGCACAGAAUCCAGCCCAGAGCUCCCCCCAGCUCCCCGCAGAAGAUGAGACUCCUCUUCCGCAUCAUGGGGCAAAUGACAUCCAUGUGGAGGGUACACCUCUGCCUAAAGACCCUCCUAGCAGCACAGAACAAGGAUCUGCAAUGACAGCAGACCACUGAAAGCCUGGGAUAUGACAGCAUGGAUCACACUUCCCAUCGGGGCUGAGGAAGAAGAGGAAGAAGAUGCAGUUCACAAGAUGACGGCAAGCAAUGAAUGACCAUUUUUCCCCUUGAUAAAGUCUUUUGUCCCAAGGCAGCCAUGAAAUACAUCCCCCCCACACCCUCACACUCUGAUCACUUCUCUAAGGACAGAGCCACAGCUCUAAGUAUGGAGGAGAACAAAUUUAUUCUUUGCUCUUUCUGGGUACUCUAUUUGGCUUCUGUACCAGGCAGCUGCAGUGUAUAUCUCGUCCUGUACGUAAGUGGAAUAAAACCCAUCUUACUGAUGCCUAAAACCUAUCUAGUAGCAUGAUAGGAAGGUGCAGCCCAUGAUCUGAUCCUUUUGCUCCUAGUUUUGUCCUUGUCUUUGAGUGUCACAAGGGCCCAGACGGUCCCAGCAGGAGGGGAAAAGAUGCACCGGUGAGACAUGGAGACCACUCACAGGCUUGGCCCUUCUACCUGGCUCUGAGCCUGCCCAAAGGGCCCCAUUGCAACAAGGGCACCUGAGAUCAUCUGCAGGUGGAAACCCCCUGGCAGGGUCUAGGUAAUUAACAGCACGCAGCAGGUCUCUUAGAUGAGGUCAAUUGCUUUGCUUGUAAUGCAUUAUCUUUAACUCGCCCAGGUUUUGGAGCAUCAGUCAAUACCUGCAGCAUUCAAGAGCGAGUUUGCACAGCAAAGACUGCUGAAGUGAUGCUCUCCAGAGGGAAUGGGUCUGUGUUACCGGGUGGGGUGUCAGCCACUGUGAGAACAGGCCGAGGGUGUUAUACUGGGGAGAGAGCACAGAGCCGGGAGAGAGGAAGGGACCUGUAGAGGUCAUGUCUCACGUGGCCCUGGGCUGCGGCAGGAUCAGCCCUGUGCAAACCAGCCCAGGCACGUCUAUCAUCUAAGCUCCAAGUAACACAGCACUGUCACCAUACCCCAUCAUGGGAGACCAACACCUGUGUCUUGCUGUUGUUUUUAGCUUGAGAAAUCAGCCCCUAACCCUAACCCUACCCCAGCCCCUGCUGCCUCCGCCAGAGAAAGCAAACCCACCCCAGGACAUCCCCAGUGACCUCAGAGCAAACUUCUCUUCUGUCACCCCCAGAAGCAAUCUUUUGUCCCCUCAAACCCCUGGAAGCGCUAGACCCCCCACUCGCGUAUCAUCAUGCACCAGCCUAAAUUCUCCUCGUGGCCCAUUUCACCUGCAGGACCCCCAUAGUACCCCAUAACCUCCCCCCGCCCCCCUGACCAGCUCACCACCAGGAUCUCAGUCAUGUUACUGUAUCUCCACCUGCACCAUCUCUGUCCCUCAAAUCCCACCUGGCUCUGUGUGUCCCUUCAGACCCUACAACCCCUCCAAACACCUCACUUCCAUCACAUGCCAGCCACAUUAGACCCCAUAAUCCUCCACACCACCCCACACCCUGUAGCUCCCUGACACCACCCAUACCCCAGGACCCCCUGGCUCCCUCAGACCUCUGAGCCUCCACUGCUCUCACACCGCCCAUGCCCCAAUCCCCCGCACACAUCCCUGGCUCUACCCCCUCCCUGCUCAUGAGCCCCUCAGGCAGGGACAAGGGCUUUGUGCACCCCGGCCUUACUCCACAUGGGGAGAAAUGCCACCCGUCUGCCCCCAAACCACACACAGGGGAAGUAUGAGGAAAGAGCAGUGCUUACAUUGAGUGAAGGACCCAGGUGUCCAGGGAGGCAGGGAGUGGGGGACCUGGGAGUCCUAUCCUGGCCUCUCCUUGGCUCUGGGGCGGUGUUGUACCCCCCUUAGCCCCCCACACUGCUGUUAUCCUGUUGCCUCCCAAGCCGGGGGGUUCACAGCUAAGGUAAUAGCUUACCUAUUACCUUAAGGCCCUGGGAAUAGGUUCUUCCCCUAGCAAGAGACCCUGCAUGUGCCCAUGGGACAGGGCCCAGAGUCAGUGAGAGGCACAGGCCAGGUCCUGGGGGGAGGAUAGAAGAGGGGGAUGACAAGUAUGGGGGGCUCAUGCCCAGACAAGGCCCUGCCCCAGGAGCAGGGAAGGAGCGGGGCUGGAUCUGGUUGUGCUGGGCUACUCUCACACUAAGCUACAGUCACGGAAAGCAGUAUGGGAGCCCACCACGGACCUGAUAAAAAAGAAGAAAAAGAAAAAUACAGGAAUGAGAAAAAACGGCAGCUGGAUGACUGUAACGAGGAAGACCUCUCUAAUGAGACCACACGCUGGUUUGCUAGAAGCAGGAGUCGAGGACCGGGGACCGCUAAGCAGAGAGUCGGGGUCCCGGGAAGGUGGAAUAUUACUGCCCAAGGGGCUCAUAGCAAAUUCUUUACUGUUUGGGUUUUGGGUGGACUCCCCUGGUGCCUGACGGCACACUGUGGCCCUGUGCAUGGGGAUGUGGCAAGUGCCACCUUCCUGAUGCCAAGUGCAAUGCAUGCAAGGGCUUGGUGGCAGGCGGAGUAGUGCGUGGGCCAAAGGGCCCUGGGUUUCUUGAUCCUUUAUGGCUGAGAUGCACAGGAUUUAGAGGAAGAGACUGGACUGGUGACAGCAGAAAGGACUCAAGAGAGAAAGGGUGAAGGACCCCUGAGUCUGGGCCUGCUGGUGUCUGACUCAUCGCACCCGCUUCUCCCGCACCACAGAGGUAGAGCCCAGGUGCCCGGGCUGCCAGCGCCUG